UACACUCAGAGGCUCACUGAGGGUUACCGACGAGUGCUGUCCGGAGCCGUUUUGUCAAUGAGGACAACUCUAAACUUGCGUAAAAAAUAAUCUUAAAAGCAACACUGGUUUUCUUCAGCGGCGAACUGACGUUAGUUGUGAAGUAAACGUAGGAUUCUUUCUUUAAAACAAAUCCCAUUACUUUGUCACAGUUUGCGUCGUCGCCUUAAUGCAGCUGUCAGAUUCACAUCUGCCUCAAAACUAAAGCGUACAUUAGUGUAGCAACAGUAAUAGAUAGAAACUUGAAGGUUUUUUUCUUUUUCUUUUUUAAACUGUCCAAAGAAACGUGAUGCAUGUUUUUAAUUACUACGAAGUGACAUAUUUCACUGAAGACAACAUUUGCGCUUGAACUGUGCAGACGGUGUUUAAAACCCGAAUCUCUUCUUUAGUGUCUUCACUGUGUAUUUCGGUUAGAUUUACCACUUAACGUUAGCUCAAUAAGUCUCCGUCAAAACUGUUUAGCCGAUACUUUUGCCGUUUUUGAUGUCCUGAGAGAAAAAUGAAGGUUGAGCCUGAGGGACACCGCUUUAUUAUGUCGCUUUUUUUACAGCGAGGCUGAAGGGAAAUUUAAAGACCUAAAAAUAAAGCGUCGGUUUCUACUCCACAAAGAAUCAUUUGAACUUCCUACCGCAGAAGGAGCGGGACAUAAAUAGUUCUGACAUGUGGAUGUAAUUUCAGAAAAAAGGCAGACAGAUGCAGAGAAAUAAAACGCGAGCGGGAGAGAGAGACCGGGAACAGUUUGAAUCGAGCCUGCAGAUCUGUGACAAGGAAAAGCCGUGAGAAAAUAUUCAUAAUUUUACAAGCAAACGAUGUAAUGGGAGGGGAGCGGACAGCAGAGAAAUGACUGGCUCUUUGACGACGCUUUAACAGACGCAAACAUCAGAGAAAUCCCGUUUAAGCUGACAUCAGUUUGCGUGAAAUUGUCGGGAUGGGAGCCACGCUGAUCGUACACACUUUGGGUUUUGUCUUUUGCGGCACCUUGCUGAGUUUUGUCUAUGGUUUGGUUGAUGCUGAUGAUGUCCUCACUAAAGAAGAACAAAUCAAUCUUCUGCUUAAAGCAAAACAAAAAUGUGAGCAAGCCAUCAAGUCCAAACAUAAAAUUACUGAGGGUUACUGCAUACCGGAGUGGGAUGGCAUCGUUUGCUGGCCCGAGGGACUUCCUGGAAGGAUGGUGUCCACUGCCUGCCCGGACUACAUGUAUGACUUUGACCACAAAGGAUAUGCUUACCGCCGCUGUGACAUCAAUGGGACCUGGGAGCCGGCGUCAAAUAACAACAAAACCUGGGCCAAUUACAGCGAGUGCGCCAAAUUCCUCCCACCUAACGGGAACCUAGAUUGGGUUUUUUACAGACUUUACCUGAUCUACACGGUGGGCUACUCCAUCUCUCUGGGAUCACUUAUGGUGGCGACAGUCAUCCUAGGAUACUUUCGGAGGCUUCACUGCACCAGAAACUACAUCCACAUGCACCUGUUUGUAUCGUUCAUGUUGAGGGCCAUUAGCAUAUUUGUGAAAGACGUGGUGUUGUACUCGGGUGCCCCGCUGCAGGAAAUGGAUCGCUUCACUGUGGAGGAUCUCAAAUCCAUCACAGAAGCCCCUCCUGCCAACAAAACCAAGUUUAUUGGCUGCAAGGUGGCUGUGACUCUCUUCUUGUACUUCUUGGCGACUAAUUAUUACUGGAUUCUGGUGGAAGGCCUGUACCUGCACAGCCUUAUCUUCAUGACCUUCUUCUCAAACAGGAAGUACCUUUGGGGCUUUACUCUGAUUGGCUGGGGUGUUCCUGCGAUGUUUGUGACCAUCUGGGCCAGCGUGAGAGCCACUCUUGCCGACACGGAGUGCUGGGAUUUAAGCGCAGGAAACCUGAAAUGGAUUGUGCAGAUCCCUAUUUUGACAGCAAUUGUUGUAAAUUUUUUGUUGUUCCUGAAUAUAAUCAGAGUCUUGGCAACAAAACUUAGAGAAACAAAUGCAGGAAGAUGUGACACCAGACAACAGUAUAGAAAGCUGUUAAAAUCUACGCUGGUCCUCAUGCCGUUGUUUGGGGUUCACUACAUUGUGUUCAUGGCAAUGCCCUAUACAGAAGUGUCUGGGGUGCCGUGGCAAAUCCAGAUGCAUUAUGAAAUGCUCUUUAACUCAUUCCAGGUAAUUGAUUUCAAAAAAAAGAUGUAGACAUUGC